AUGAAUUAUAACCACCAUCAAAUUAUCGAAAAAUGGUUAUUAAGAUUUAGAAAAUGUCUAUCUCUUUGUUAUCCAGAAGAUUCCUAACUAAUUACUAUGGAAUUAAAUAAAGGAAGUGUUCAAUUACUCAGUGUUCCCUAAGAUAAAAAUAUUUUUAACACGCGUAAAUAUACAGUAUAUAUUCACAUCUAUCAUCUAUUCAUUAGUUCCUAAAUUUCCUCCCUAAAACUCUAUUCACAGGAUUAGUGAGAUUUGGAAACAUCUAUCUAUUAGUAAUUUCAUUAAUUAUGCUAAUUGAUCCAACUCUCUCACCUUUUUACCGUUGGAUUACUAUUUUCCCUGUUGGAAUCAGUGUUUUACUCUAUCUUUUUAUUGAAUUUCUUCUUGAUAUUCGUAGAUAAAGUCAUGAUCAUAAAAUUAAUAUGUAAACUACUUCUAGAGGAGCAAAAGAUGGUUCCAUCGAAACUGUUAAAUGGAGUGAUAUUCAAAUUGGAGAUAUUUUAUAUCUAAUCAAAGGAGAUAUUGUUCCUGCUGAUAUUAUUCUUUUAGAUACUGGAUAAGUUAGAGAUCGAGAAGCCAUUUGUAUGGUUGAUACUUAAUAUUAUGAUGGCAAAUCAACUCUAACCAAAAAAAAGUCAUCCUAUCUAACUUAAUUAAUUGUACUUAGAACUAGAUUAAAGAAUCAAUUUCCUGAAUAUAGAAAAAUGCUAACAGGAAAACUAGAAUAUCAAGCGCCCAAUGGAAAUACAUAAAAGUUUCAUGCCAGAUUAAAAUUAAAAAAAGAUCCCAAAAAUGAAGAAUUAACUAUCGAUAAUUUUAUUCCUAAAGGAACUAAAAUUAAAUAAACAUCCUGGUUGUUUGGACUAGCUAUCUAUGUUGGUUAAAACACUAAAACUAUGCAAAGCAGUAAUUACGGAGCUUUAAAAAAGAGUUUUGAAGAAAAAUAAUGUAAUUUCUAUUCAUUUCUUAUGGCAUGUUUAUCAUUAUUUUUCACUCUCAUAUCAAUAAUUGUACUCUUGGCAAGAUCAGACGAAAUGAGCUUUGCUCUAAUCAUUGAUAAUUAUACUACUAAUGGUAUGAAAGUAUUUUAAUUGGCAAUAUUGUAUGCUUAACUAAUUCCAGCAACUUUAUAUUUAUUAUUCGACAUAGUAAACUUCAUUUCUUUAUUUAAAUUCGAAAUAAAUUAAAUAGAAGAAAACAUAGUGAAAUACGUGAAGAUAAAUUCAUCAAAUAAUUUAUGUGAUUUAGGACAUGUUGAUUACAUGUUAAUAGAUAAGACAGGAACAUUGACUACAUCUUAUUACAAAUUAGAUAAUCUAUUAUUUGGUUAAUUAGCUUUCAGUCUUAAUUAUGAUUAGCUUUAAUUAACAUUAAAUUAAAAGUCAGCAAAAUAAGAUGACUUGGAUGAUCCAAUAAAAUUUGCCAGUAUAAAUGAUAAUAAUGAAUAUUUGAUUCCAUAUGAGUAUGAUAAGAAGAGUAGUCAUACAACAGAAGUUUAACCAAGUGGCAAAUUAUUAUUAAAGAGUGUUAAGACUUCUAAUAAUCAUCCAGUAUUUAACCAAAUUACUGCCUAAACAUAAAAUAAAAGAUAGACAUUUGUUAAUAUGGAUGUGUAACACUAAUAACAAUUUUAAGAUUAUUCAUAAACAAGAAUGUUUUUACCAUAACCAAAAUAAAGAAAUAGUCCAGGGAAUAACAAUGACGAAUUUAUGCAAUUAGUUAAUUAAUUGAAAAUCAGUUCUCCAUAAAAGGAGUACUUAUUAACUAAGGACAUAAAUACAUUAUAUUAUGAUGCUUUUUUAAAAUGUUUGAUGUUGUGUCAUGAAGCCAGACCAGUAUUUGGAGCAGAUUCUAUUACAUAUGAAUCAUUUUCAAAGAAUGAAGAGAUAUCCUUGACAUUUGCUCGUUCUUGUGGUUAUUCUUUAGAAAACUUGAAUAAAUUUGAUAGUCCUGAUAUGUACUUAUGCAAAGUUAGGGGAGAUUCAAUUUGGUAUCAAAUACUAGGAUUAAAUUUGUUUACAUAUAAUAGAAAUUUAAAUUCAGUUGUCAUCUAAAUACCAAUUACAAUGGAUUUAGAAUUAGGAUAGGAGCAUGAGGCUCUGAAUUAAUUAUGUGGUGAAGGAUCUAAGAAUAAAUCAUUGUUGAUUUGUAAAGGAGAUUAUGAAGCCAUAAAAUUAAAAUUAUAAUUAAAUCAUAAAGAAAGAGAAGAAUUGGAUGCUUAUAUCUAAUAAUAUAAAAUGAGAGGAAUUAGAAUGAUUGUUUAUGCAACUAAAGUAUUGACCGAAAAAGAAACCGAAAAUUACAAACAGCAAUUCAAUUUGUUACAUAGUUCAUUGACAAAUUAAGAUAGUUUACUAGAGGAACUUGCUAUAGAAUAUGAAAAGGAAUUAAGUUUAUUGGGAAUGAUAGGAUUUAAAGAAGAAUUAAAGAAUGAUGCCUUAGAUUUUAUUAAGACUGUUAAAGAAUGCAAUAUUAAUAUUUGGUUACUUAGUGGAGAUUAAGAAGCAUAAACUAUUAGUUGUGCUUAAGCUUUGGAAAUGACUGAAACUUCUAAAUAUUUGAGAAUCGUUGCUACAGAUAAGGAAUAGAUUUGGUUAUAAAUAAAUACUGCUAUUGGCUAAAUUUAAAGUGAAUUACAAAAAAUAUAAGAAAAGUAAUAAAGUAUAUUGCAAGAAAAGUAAUAAGAAAAAAAUUCAUAAUUAUAGUCAUAAAGUAGAAGUAUGAUUAAAUCAAGCGUAACUUUAUUUGAAGGAGCUUCAUAUUAAUAAAUAUUAUAAUUUGUUUUGGUUGUUAAUGGAUAUUCUUUAUCAUAAAUAAGUUAAUCUGCAGAUUUAAUGAGUCAUUUUCGAUUUUUAGCAUGUGUUUGUAAGAAUAUGAUAGGAUUUAAUAUGAAUCCACAAUAAAAAGAAUUAGCAUGUAUAAUAAUUAAGGAUUAUUUUCCAAAUAAACCUACAAUUCUUGGGGUUGGAGAUGGUUAUAAUGAUGCUUUAAUGAUGUAAGCUUCACAUAUAAGUAUUGAAAUAAUAAAUAGCAAAUUAAAUCAUAUAUAUCCUUAAGUAAAUGCAGGAGAUAUAAGUGUGAAUACAUUAAAAGAGAUAAAGGUGUUAUUAUUAUAAAAGUGUAAAUUGCAUUCAGAGCGCAUCUCAUCUAUGAUAAUAUAUUUAUUUUAUUGUUCGGGGUUUUUAGGAAUGACAUUGUUUUUUUUUAAUUGGUUUUGCUAAUUUACAGCAACAUCCUUACAUGAUUCGAUGACAGUGUUUUUAUUCAUAUUUUUAUAUGUUACUCCAAAUGCUUUAGUAAUAGGAUUGGCUGACUUAUAGACAAUGCCUCAAGUAAACAGUUAGAUUCCAACAUUGUAUGUAGAUGGUUAAAUUAGAACAAGAAGAUUUGGGUUUUAUUAUUUGAUAGAAUCCUUUUUAGAAUCAUUUUUAUCAGCAGCAUUUACUUUUUAUACAUGUACAUAUAUGGUAAACUAUGCUUGGACAAAUGAUGGACAUUAGAGUGAUUUACAAAUGGUAGCAACAAGCAUUAUUUAUGUAAUAAUUACAGUUUCAUGCCUAAAAGUAUUAUUUAGAUUAAUUUAACAUAAUGUACAUAUAGUAGUAAUUAUAUCUUUAUUAACUUUUGGAUUGUUGGUUGGUUUUGUAUUUGUAAAUUAUAGAGGAGAAUUUAGUCAAUUCGAUUAUUAAGAGUUGACUUAUUAAUUAUUCACUCGUUUUAACAGUAUAGUAGCUAUGAUAUUUUGUUUAUUUGGAUGUUAUUUUAUAAAUUACUUCCUUCACGAUUUUAUCAAAUUAAAUUAAUUUCCAACAGUUUAUGAAUAGUUUGCAUUUAUAAAUAAGGAUGGAAUAUAAUGGGAAGAUUUAACACAUAAAGAAAUAUUAAAUUAGUGUUUAGAUCAACAUUUGUAAAUAUAUUAUUUAAUAUAGAAAUGUUUCAACGAUAAUUUAGAAUGUGUUUAUAGACUGUACUAUAACUUCUCCAUACAUAUCAGAAAUGUUAAAUCCUGGUGAUACAAAAGUGACUGAAAUGAAACUAAAAGGUUUAACUUUAGAAAUGAAAGAAUUAGUUCUAGAAUAAAAGUUUCUAGCUCAUAGAUUAAGUUAAUCUUUGAAUCAUCUACGCUUUUUCUUAUGUAUCUUAUUGCUUUAUUUCAUUGCUUAUUGUUUAACAGAUUUCUUUAUAAAUGAUCUUAGAGUAUUUACUGGAGUUUAUUAUUUAAUAAUCUUUGGUAUUGUAUUCUUAAUUCUAUUAUUUUCAUGCUCAUCUAUAAUGGAAUAAGAAUAUUAUACUUAUUCACAUUUAACAGUGCUUAUUAUUUUUGGUAUGAAGAUUGCUGUUGAUUGGUUAUCUGAUGAUUUAACUAUUACUUUAUCAGCAACACUUGUAAUAUUGUUUAGUACAUUUAAUACAAUGAAUAUGACAGUGAUUCCUAUAAUGUUGUACAAUAUUUGUUAUUUAAUUUAAUUAAUAGUCAGAAUAAUAAUAAUAGUUAUUUAAUCCGAUUUAAAUACAUCAAAGGCUACUUAUUCAUAGAGUAGAAUAUCUGUUUAUGCUGCUAGCACUUAAAUAUUAUUGGUGAUUAGUAUUACAAUAAGAUUUCUAUUUACAUAUUAUAAAUCUAUAAAACAUAGAAGAAAUGACUAUUUAGCUAAGUAUUCAAUAGAAUAAGAUAAUAUGACAGCAUAAGAUAUUUUGAGUAUAUUAGUACCAAGAUUUGUUAGAUAAUAAAUAUCAACUGGAAUAUAUUCAAUGUAAUAAGCUUAAGAUGAUGUUUCUAUCUUAUUUGCUUAUAUAUGUGAUUUUGAUACAAUAAUGAAGGAAGAAGGUAAGAAUGUAGUAUUAAUGUUGGAUUAAUUAUUCAGACUAUAUGAUAAUUUAUGUAUUUAACAUGGAGUUUAAAAGAUUGAAACAGUUGGAUAUACUUAUAUGGCUGCAACUGGAAUUAAAGCUUGUGAAUAGAAUAUGACAGCGCAUGUGAUAAGAACUGAAAAAACUAUGAGGUUAGUGAAUAUGGCAUUUGAUAUGAUGGAAUAAGUACAAGGAAGAAAAUAUGGAAAAGGUAAUUAAAUAGAAAUGAAAAUCGGAAUUCAUGUAGGAAGAGUAAUAGCUGGAGUAAUAGGACAUCAUAAACCCUAAUUUUCAUUAAUAGGAGAUCCAGUUAAUUAAACAAGUAGAGUUGGUUCCACAGGAGAUACAGGAGCAAUUACAUUAAGUGAAUAAGCUUUCAAAUAAGCGAGACAUGGAAUCAAAUACUAUUCGAAAAAGUAGAAGGAAGCUAAAGGAUUAGGAAUUAUAGAUACUUAUUAAGUUUAUAAGACAAAACCAAUUGGUUAUUAGAUACCUAAAGCAUUUUUGCUUUGGUAGAAUUGUACUAAAAUUGUUGUAAAAGAUAUGAGAUAAUAAAGAAGUCAGAGAUAGAUUGUACCAAAGAAAAAGGGCUAAUUCUUAUCUCAGCUACACAAUUCAAUUUAUUAAGAUAAUAUGAAAUAAUCAAAUAAAUUAGAAAUAUCUCCUAGAGCUCCUUAAACAGUUUAAUUUUUGAUGCCUUAGAAUUCACCUUAAGAACCAGAGAAUAAAUCAAAAUUAAGUCUGCCUAUGCAACCAUCUGAAGCUAUUUUAACAGAUGAAUCAAUGUUAAUUGCAAAUGAACAGGAGGAAAAAGAUAAAUUAGAUUUAAUAAAACCAAAUCUAAUAUUAGAAAUACCUGAGAAUGAGAUUAAGAUCAAUUUUAAUUAAAUAUUAAAAGAACAAAAUCUUGAUGAAUCAAAGAUAGGUAUGAUAUUUUUAUGGUUCACUUAUUUUGUAAUUACCUUACUUUCGGUUAUAGUUCGAAAAUUAUUCGAAUACGAUCUACUUAUUUUUGUUUUAAGAGUAUUAGAUUAUUUUAUAAAUUAGGCUAUAUUUCUAAUCUUAGUAAUAGUACUAUUUCCAAUAUUAUCCAAAGCAUAUAGAUAGGUAUUCGUCAAUUUUAUGUAUUAUCUAUUAUUAAUUUAUGCUGUCUUUACAGUUUUAUUCUAGGCUUAUUUAACUGAUAAUUGGGAAGUAGCAAUGAUUUGUCUUUUAGAAGUAUUAUAUAUAAUGAUUGUUACAUGCUAAUUGAAAAUGUUCACCUUUUUUUAAAUCAUAAUUUAUAUGUUCAUAAUGCUUACAUUUUUCUUAGCAUUUUAUAUCGCAUCAGAUUUAGUAACUCAUUUUGCAAUAUUUUAUAUUUGUUGUUGUAUGCUAAUACUACUUCUUGGAUAUUAUUUAGCAAUGAGUGAAUAAAUAUAGAUGUUUAAUAAUUUAUAAAUAAAUGAGGAAAAGAAAGUUAAACAAAUUAAUUUGGUUAGUUAAUUAUUACCUAUGCAUUCAUAUUUGAAAAUGAAAAAUAGUUCGAUUUAUGACAAAAGUGAUUUUAUUGAUGAAUUCGAUGAUGUAACACUCUUAUUUGCAGAUAUCAAAGGAUUUACAGAAUAUUCGCAUACUCAAACACCUGAAGGAGUUGUUACAAUGCUUAGAAAUCUAUUUACAGAAUUCGAUAAAUUAUGUUAAAAAUAUUAUGUAUAUAAAAUGUAUACAAUUGGUGACUGUUAUGUUGUUAUGGGAUUUACUAAUAGUGCUAAAAGAAAUGUAAAUAUAUAUAUAUUAUAUUAUUUUAUAGCCUAUUUAAGAAGCCAUUAAUACUGUUAAAAUGGGAUUCUAAAUGGUUGAUAUUAUAAUGUAAGUUAGAUUGAAAAUUAAAUUUGAUAAACUUAAUAUGAGAAUAGGUAUUCAUACUGGAUAAGUUACAGGAGGUAUUAUUGGAACUGAUAUAGUCAGAUAUGAUAUUUAUGGUAAAGAUGUAUCUAUUGCAAAUAAAAUGGAAAGCAGUGGAGAAGAAGGAAGAGUGUAAGUUUCAUAAACUACAAAAUAAAUGAUAGAAAGAGCAGAAAAACAUCCAUUUAAAUUUAAAUUCCAUCAUGUAUUCAUUUCUAUUACUGUUAGGAUGUUGAUUUAAGUAAAUUUAAUAUGACCACUAAAGGAUAUUUAGUAGAAUGGGAGAAAACAAGAGAUGAAGUCAGUUUAGAAUAAUUCUGA